AUGACAAUAAGAAGCUACCUUCUCUGCCCAUGGGAGGGCCGAGCAGUAAGGUUCAAUCCCCAUCCUUCUCUACCAGGCACAGUAGCUGUGGCCACCGGAUUCGGAGAAUCCGGAACUGUGAUGGUCUGUUGCCCGCAUCCCACACUCAACCAGCUCGUUCAAGUGUCCAUCACGUCCUUCCCCCAACCUGUCAUGGCUUGCAGUUGGUCCCCGGCCAACGAGGAUUUGAUAGCAUCGGCCCACAACGGCGUCGGUUGCAUCUGCAUUCUCAACAUUCGCACCCAUGAGACCCAAUGGAGCUCCUUCCGUCACUCUUCCUCGGUUACCUCCCUCGAGUGGGAUGUCGUCGGCCGAGAAACCCUAGUCUCCGCAUCAGUAGACUCCACACUGAAACUUUCGAAGCCGUGUGAGAGGAUUCAAUGCACUUCGACCCUGCAUAGCUUCCCGAGAAGUCCGAUCCGAUGCGUGACAUGGGACCCGUCCGACACCGCAACAUUUGCCUCUGCAUCACAGGAUGGACAACUCAAGCUGUGGGAUGCACGUGUGGGGGUGCAUAUUGGUGUCCUUGCUGAGAACCAGCCGGACUUCUUCUGCUGCGACUGGGGUCGAGAGUCGGGCUCGAAUUGUAUCGCCACCAGCUCAGAGAAUGGGUGGAUAAGGGUUUGGGACCGGAGGCAGAGCGGUCGGGCAGUGGCGGCAUGGCAAGGCCACGAGGGGCGGGCCGUGCAUGGUGUCAGAUUCUCGCCCACUGUUCCAAACACAGUGGCAUCAUAUUCGAGCGGAUCGGAGGUUUGCAUGUGGUCCGGGGUUACAAGCCAUGCGCGGCUGGCGGCCACAUAUUACAUGCACACAGAGAGAGUGGGGGGCGUGGACAUGAACCACGACGGGGAGUUUGCGAGCACUGCAAGCGACUGGAAGCUCACAACGUUUAGCUACGCUUGUGGUGGCAUGGUCAUGCAACGUCCCCAUUGA